AUGCAUCUUGAAGUUCAAAAUCGAAGGCUGGAACAAAGCCGAUUGACUCCGCCGCCACCAUCGAUCACGGAGUGGUCCAUCAGUCAGGAGGCUUUGCGGCGCAUCCUCGAUAUCCCUGAACUCGAACUCAUUGACAACGCAUUCGUAGUCAACAAGAAGGCACAACUGCCUCCGCGGCAGAUGGCUCAGGCUGAGCAAGUUGUGAAUACAUCUCUCUUCCGCGAGUGGAUGGUAUCGCCACUAUCGACUCGAGUGCUCGUGCAGUGGGACCUGCCAACACCUCCACGCAGCGUUGCCGGCGUCUCUCCUCUAUCCGCUUUCUGUGCUACCAUGGCAAGGGCGCUGCAGGCCAGAGGCCCACGUUUCCUGCCCCUCCUGUGGUUUUGCGGGCGGCACGUCGACGCCACCGACACAGACGACAGCACCUACAUCGGUGCCCGCUUUAUGCUACCUAGCCUGAUUGACCAGCUCCUCCGGCAAUACGAAUUCGAUCUGCGCCCACUGCACCAUGACGUCGACCUUUCCGCACUGCAAGCCGGCAGCUCUGAAGGGUUGACGAAGCUGCUGGACUGGCUGGUGCGGCGCCUAUCCCGGAGCACCACGGCGGUGUUCAUCAUCGACGGUGUGGUGCUCUUUGAGCGCGACGAGUUCCAGGCUGAAGCGCUGCCGGCGUUGUCGAGCCUGCUACGGCUAACGUCUGAUCCCAGCGUUCCGGCUGCUGUCAAGGUGCUGUUCGCGAGCACGCCGGGUACGGACGUGGUGAGAGCCGCGUUUGAGCAGGAUGGCCUCAUCCUUGAUGUGGGCACUUUGCCACGGAUUGCGGACGCGCCGAGUGAGGAGCGCAUGAAUAGGGAGAUGGGAGAGAGCGAGUAUGCUCCUAUGUAG